AUGUUCGACGGCAGCGGCGGCGGCAGAGGCGGCGGCGGCAGUGGCAGCAGUAGCAGUAGUGGCGGCCACAUGGACGUCAAAGUGGUGUACGCCAACCCGAACGGGACGCUGUCCAUACUGCCCGACACUGCGGCCGGUGGGUCGCCGUGGCGUCCGUCGUCCGUGUCGUUGGCCGCGGCGUACCUGACGCUGUCGUCCGCGGCCAUCGCGUCCAACGUAAUGGUGCUGACGGGCAUCGUUACCACGGACAGGCUGCGGUCGCCGUACGCGGUGCUCGUGUCCGCCCUGUGCCUACAGUGCGCUAUGGACGCCGCGGUCGGCCACUGCGCCACCACCAGAGAGCUGUUGACGGGUGUCGGCGGCGGUGGGGCCACCAUGUGCCGCGGCGUGGCCACCGUAACGGCCGCCCUGUCCGCCGUCGAGCUGGUCACGUUCGCCGCGCUCGCGUGUCUCAACACGUUCGUCCGGGCCGACUACGCCGAGCUGCCCCUGCCGGCCGCUGCCACCCUGUGGGCCGCCCCUUCCAUGUACACAUACGUCAUACUCACGCCCACGCUGCUGUUCACCACUCGAUAUUUCCCGUCCAGGGGUCGUUGCGGUUUCAUUGCAAAUACAACUGGAUGGUUUUACCCAUCUUUAUUGAUUGUUUUCAGUUUUAUGAUACCGUGGUCGAUAUCAUUUUAUUUUGUUUUUGUAUCCCGCCCUUCGACGACUACCAAUUCGGCCAAUGUCAUAGUGACAGCCACCCAAACAAAAAGCCAAAUCGAUCUUGUACCGUCCAAAUUAAUUUUUGCAUCUUAUACAAUUCUUGUAACACCAAGUCUUAUUUCGUCUAGUGUUUACCUUUAUAGCAACCCGAACAUCAAUCCUUGGGCCGAAAACGAAGCACCAGAAGACAUCUUAGAUGGCUUCUUGUCAAAACUGCCAAUUCUGUUUGACGUAUUUGUUCCGUUGGUCCUAAUAUACUAUCAUAAAGUGUUCAGAAAAAAAUGUAGGGAAUUGUAUUUACAUGGGUUUAGGAAUUCCGUCUCAGACGGCCGUCAAAUCUUUAUCGAAAGACUGAGACGAUCUAGAAAGAACGAAUGUUUAGCAGAUGACGCACCCGUAUUAUUUCUUGAACGGUCUGGCAUGAUAAACGUUAGGUUUCCGAGCGAAGGCGGUUUCAUGAUGAAGAUGUGUGAUUUGAAUCAAAGAGAAGACAAUAAUUCAAAUGGCAGAAAAGAAGUUCGUUUUUCGAGAAAAGUGAGUAAAGCUCCAAACGAAAGCGGUAUUUAUAGUACAAAAGAACCUAGGGACGAAGAAUCGAGCCUUUGA